AUGAGAAAUACGUUCACCUCUCUAGCGUUGGCCGCUGCCGCGUACGCCCAAGAGCAAACCUAUACUUUUGAGAACCAGACAGAUCCCGGCUUGUAUAGAGACCCUCUCACAGCUGGCCCGUCUCCUGAACUCAUUCAUCUGUACAACGACCAAUGGCCAACCGGCGUCGCUGUAUCGCGAAAUGGACGCAUAUUCUCAAACUACCCACGAGCUCUUGAUCCGAACAACACUGAAUACACCGUCGCCGAGCUUUUCGCCAACAACACUGAAAGGGCAUACCCCAAUGCCACUUACAACUUGCCUCCUAGCGGCUUGGUCGACAACUCCACCGGAACGCCCAUGUCCGUUGGCAAUGCGAGCCAUCUGACCGGCGUGCAAAGCGUCGUGAUCGACGGUGCCAAUCGGCUCUGGAUUUUGGACACAGGAAGGACUGCAAUCUCCGAUGGAACCAUUCUCCCAGCCAGCCCGGGGGGAGCGAAGCUUGUUGGUGUUGAUCUGGAUACUGACCAGAUCUUCACCACUAUUGUAUUCGAUUCCAAGGCCGCUCCUGCAGCUUCGUACUUGAACGACAUGCGCUUUGACCUCUCCUCGAACCUCACAAAGUCAGGCCAAGGAGUCGCCUACAUCACCGACUCGUCUCCUGAAGGCCAAAACGCCAUCGUCGUUGUCGACCUCGGAACCGGAGAAGCCUGGCGUCGACUGGUGCUCCACCCCAGUGUGCAAGCCAAUGCUGGCUUUGUCCCCACGAUUGCAGGAUAUCCUGUCUACAUCAACCAAACCGGAGACGAAACGGCCACGAACGUGAACUUCGGCGCCGACGGCAUCGCUCUCUCGGCCGACAAUUCCGAACUCUACUACGCCACGACCGGCGGACGCGAGCUCUUCUCCGUUCCAACCAAGAACCUGCUCGACCGCUCCCGCAACGCCGAGCUCAAAGCUCGUGGUGCAGUCCAGUACCACGGCGAAACGGGCCUCAAAGAUGGCAUGGACACUGAUACCAACGGCAUGAUCUACGCCGGCAACAUCGAAGACAACGCCGUUGCGUACUUUGACCCUGCGACCGGUCUUCUCAACACGCUUGUUCGUGACCCGCGAUUCGUCUGGACCGACUGUGUGUACUCUGGAUUCGACGGAUACCUUUACUUCACCCAGAACCAGCUUUGGAGGCGGCCGCAGCAUUGGUUUGGAGAGGAGAGGCGGGUGAUGCCUUAUGCGCUUUUCCGUGUGCCGCUACCCAAUGGUGGCACGAAGAUUGAGCAGGAUGCUCCGUCGUCUUAG